UGUUUAAGGAAAAGGAAGUUACAUAGCAAUGAGAAAAACGCGUGUAAUUUAAUACGUCACCCACCCCAACCCCCACCUGCAUAAACAUUCUUCAAACCAAAAUCCUCACAAAUUCUAUAUCUAAACCGUCGCCACCUGCAACAAAAUCUCCACAAAUCUUUCACUCAACCGAUCACAACUCCACACACAAACAAAGAUGAAUCCCGAAUACGACUAUCUGUUCAAGCUUUUACUCAUUGGAGAUUCAGGAGUUGGAAAAUCAUGUCUCCUAUUGCGUUUUGCUGAUGAUUCGUACUUGGAAAGUUACAUUAGCACCAUUGGGGUUGACUUUAAAAUUCGCACUGUGGAACAAGAUGGCAAAACAAUUAAGCUUCAAAUUUGGGAUACAGCUGGACAAGAACGUUUCAGGACCAUCACUAGCAGCUACUAUCGUGGAGCUCAUGGCAUUAUUGUUGUUUAUGACGUGACAGAUCAAGAGAGUUUCAACAACGUGAAACAAUGGUUGAGUGAAAUCGAUCGUUACGCUAGUGAGAACGUAAACAAGCUUCUUGUCGGAAACAAAUGCGAUCUUACGUCUCAGAAAGCUGUUUCCUACGAAACAGGAAAGGCGUUUGCUGAUGAGAUCGGGAUCCCGUUUCUCGAAACAAGUGCCAAGAAUUCCACCAAUGUCGAAGAGGCGUUUAUGGCUAUGACUGCUGAAAUAAAAAACAGGAUGGCAAGCCAGCCGGCAAUGAACAAUGCUAGACCGCUAACUGUUGAAAUCCGAGGUCAACCGGUCAACCAAAAGUCAGGAUGCUGCUCUUCUUGAAGAGGGUAAGGAUGUGGGUGGUCAACGUGUGUUAAGAUAUGCAUUUUUGUUCACUCAUACUUGUCGAUGUGAAGAAGCCAUUUCGUUGAUCGCCAAACUUUUGUCAUUCUUUUCGAUGAAUUCGGGGACCUUUUGUACAAAGUAGGAUAAGACUGUUGAAUGUGUAUUAUGUUAUACUGUUUUGCUGUUUGCAUUUCCUUUACAUUUUAAUGACAUUUCAAGUGUGUUUAAGGUCUCAAUGUUACAAUAUUAUCUUUGUUUGACAUUUCCAUUUACACCAAAAUGUUUAAAUCUUGUGUUGAA